AUCGGCCCACAUUUAAACCGUCCCACUUACUGCCUCCUUGCACACAGCAUCCUUGCACACAGCAUCGUUUAUUGACAAUUCCUUUAUCUUCUCCCAACUUUCGUCUCUGAUCCCCGCAGCUCCGAGAUCAGAGGCAGGAUGAAAGUCUGCACAGUCUUCGUCCUCACCAUUGCGGCCCUUCAGAGAUGGGCGUUUGCGGCAGGCCCCAAAGAGUUAUCCAUCACGACAAUCAAGCAAGAACCGUUCACCAUGACCAAGGGGUCUGAAGGAGAGCUAGAAGGUUUUUGCAUCGACUUGAUCUCUGAGCUCAGCCAAAAGCUUGGUUUCACUUACAAGCUGCACCUGGUGAAGGACAACCGCUACGGAGUUAUGGACGCCAGCGGUAACUGGAACGGCAUGAUCGGUGAAGUCAUACGAGGGGAUGCUGACCUGGCUGUGGCGCCGCUGACACUCACUGCCAUCCGGGAGCAAUACGUGGACAUGACCACGCCCUUCAUGCACACUGGAAUCGGUUUCAUCCUCCACAAAGGUGUGGCCAACGGUGACGAAACGUUCAGCCUCCUGGCGCCUUUCUCCACGCAGAUGUGGGUGGGCGUCCUCCUCGCAUUCCUGCUAACUGGCGUCUGCGUGUUCCUGAUGGGCAGGAUCAGUCCGACUGAGUGGGCCAAGCCUGAGACGGACGAGCACACAUUUACUCUGCUGCACAGCUACUGGUACAUCAUUGGAGCGCUCACCCUUCAAGGGGCUGGUCCUCAUCCUAAAGCAGUUGGUGGAAAGGUGGUGAGCGCCAUCUGGUGGAUGUUUGUGGUGGUGGUGCUGGCCUGCUACUUUGCCAACUUAAAGUCCUCCAUGCACGCCACCAAUAAGCACAUGUCCAUCAAGACCUUCGAGGACUUGGUCGACCAGGACUUGAUUGAAUAUGGAACAGUCGAUGGCGGCUCCACAAUGCUCUUCUUUAAGAACUCCAACAACGCCGUUUACCGCCGCAUUUAUCAGCACAUGGAGCGCUUGAAGAGCAAGGUGGCCAACAUGGAGGAUGGCGUUCGCCGCGCUCAGGAGGGAAACUUCGCCUUCAUCGGCGAGGCGGCCUCCUUGCGCCUCGCUGUGGCUCGCGACUGCAACCUGAGGCACUCGCAGGAGGUGGUCGCCAUGAGGGCCUACAGCAUCGCCGCACGCCAGGGUUCCCCCAUGGUGAGGAACCUCAGCAUGGCCAUCCUGCAGCUCAGCGAGUCUGGCGAGCUGACCUUCCUGCAUGACAAGUGGUGGGCCAGCAGCUGCGUGGGCGAAGACGGGGCCCCUGACUCGGACAGCCUUCACCCUCACGACCUGCGGGGCCUUUUCCUGCUUCUGGGCCUGGGGUUGGGCGUCGGCCUCCUCCUCGCUCUGCUGGAGCUUCUGUUUGAGGCUCGCAGACAGGCCACGGACGAGAAGAAGUCCUGCUGCUCGGUGUUGACAUCGGAGCUGAAUCAGCGCUUUGGCGGCGGAGGCGAGGUCACAGAGCAAGACACCGCCGACAAAAGCAAAGCCUAAUAACAAAUCCCAGCUUUCAUACGACAAAACUGCAACUCUGUGCCGCUGCAUUCAAACUGUCUCACUCGUUUCCAUAGCAACCGUUUGUGGUUUAGUGUGUUUCAUAUCUUUCCGACAAAUCUGAGCAAACCCACGGAAAACAAGGAAAAUCAGCGACAGGUUGUCAAAAUAAAAGGUCAGAACCGCUAACCCUUACUUAUUAUGCUAACAAGUGUAGUUAUGCAAAAAUAUUACAUGAACUUUCAAAGAGUUGUCACGGCAAGGCUAACCAGGAAGAGUUCAUCAUGAAUAUCCAUUUGAUGUUCAACAAGUGUUGAGUAAGACAGUGUUAUUUUGUAUGUUUUUAUACUCGGAAAGUUUUACAGACUUUGCCUUUAGCAUAUUGCUAGGAUUGUUUAGCGUAGUUUGCUGACAUCCACUGUAAACAACAAAUAAAAAUACUUUUCAAAGAAAA